AUGUUUUUUCUUUAUAGCGGCUUACUUAAAAUUCAUCAAGAAUUAUUUCAUUUUCAUCCUACAUUUAAUAUAUUAUCGGCUCGUGAUGGUGAUUCAGAUCGACAAUUAGCAAGACUUGACAUUUUUGCUCAUUCAUUUGUAUUGACAAAACAAGGACAAGUAGUAGUAACUAUAAGUACAGCAUUCUUUUCUUUAGCUGACACAUAUGGUGUUGAAAUAGCAGCAAAUGAAGAUCAAACAUUUAUUUUAGCACUUGUUAUUGUUAUUGAUCAAGUUCUGUAUGAUGAAAAUAGAAAUAAUCAUUGA